AUGUUCAUUCUGUCCGUCUCUUCUGUUGCUGUCAUCGGGAAGACUGGGCCAACCGCGGCGGACCAAGCAGCCACCACCAUCCAGUGAGCCUUCCGGAAGCUCCUGGCGAGAAAGGAGCAGGCCUGCCGUGAGCAGGACCACCAGGACUACCUGGAGCUGAUGGAGAAGCUGCAGAGGCAGGCCUUCGUGGCCCUGUUGCGGCGGGAGCCAGAGGCGGCCCGGCGGCAGUGGGAAGAAGCGGCGCGGCAGGAGGAGCGGCAGCGCGGGGCACGCCUGUUGGAGGCGCGCCUGCUGGAGGCGGCCUUCGACGGGAACCUGGGCGAAAUCCAGGCGGUCCUGCGGGAGGUGGACGCGCUGCUGAACCGCGAGGGCGUGAGCUGCGACGCGGCGCGGGCGGCGCGGCGGCUGCAGCGGCGCCUGGCCCUCGUGGACUUCGAGGAAGCGACGGCGGGCGGGCAGUCCCUGGCCAUCCAGCUGCUAACCGAGCAGGGCGCCAGUCGCAACAGCAAGGGCGCCUUCGGCCGGACGCCGCUGUACCGAGCGGCCUUCGGGGGCCACCUGGAAGCCGUGGAGGUGCUUGUGAAGCUCGUAGCUGACCCCCGGGUGUAUGCGGACGACGGACGCACCCCCGAGCAGGUGGCCUCGCUGGACGUGGUGGUCAGCGUGCUGCAGUCCUGGGACCUGAGCCAUAUUCUCCAGAACAUGGAGGCCCAGCGGCAGCGCCGGGCCAGGGAACCAAGCAGCACAGGGAGGCGGAGCUCAAGCCUAGCGCGAGCUCAACCCGAGGAUCGAGGAGCACAAGGGUUAACGGAGGGCGCGGGCAUGGCUGAGCUCACUCGGCAGGCCGUCAAGGACGCGGAGGCCCAAGUAGACAGGCUCCGGUUGGAGGCCCAAAAGGCGGAGGAGAUGCUGGCCCUGGCCAGGCUGGAGUGCGGGGGGCGGGCCCAGGAGGGGGAGGAGGAGGCGCCCGGGCUGAAGUGUCAGGUCACUGAGCUCCACGACGUGCUGUUGAAGGACGUGGGUGAUCGCAUCCGCGCUGAUGGCAGGUGGCCUCUUGUCAUUGACCCUUCGGGCCAGGCGGCCACCUUCCUGCGCUACCAGGACACCAACUAUGUGGACGCCGUGAACCCAGACCACCUGAGGCCGGAGAGGAUCAGGCUGGCGCUGCUGGGCUUCGGGAAGCCGCGGGUGUCCGACCUGCGUGAAGUGGACCUGUUCCUGGCGGCGCAGCAGCAGCUGGAGGCGGUGCCGCCGGGCCUGGCGCAGGAGCUGCUGGGCCGCGGGCUGCUGGAGCGGGAGAGGUUCCUGUCGCUGCUGCGGCCGACCGAUGAGCCCGAGUACAGCCCCAGCCAGUGCCAGGAGGCGCGCCUGAGGCACUUCCACCUCUUCUAUGUCACCAAGGUUCGGUGGCCGCUGCGCCCCAGGGCGCCGGGUCCGUGAACGUGCACGUGUCCGCAUCAGGAAUGUGGGCGUGCGCUGUGCAGGGGAGCGGGCCGGCCGGGAGCCCCAGCUGGGGGACCCUGGCUGGCGGGCCCUUGGGGGCAGAGUAGGCGGGCCCAAUCAGUUCCUCCCGCCGUGGAGCAGUGCACAGUUGGGACGACGGGGGAGUUCGUGGUCCCCGCACCGGCCCCAGAUUUGGAGGAGCAGAAGGGGUGGGCGUUGGUAUGCCGGCGG